UAGCGUGUUUCUAAUAAAAAAUUUGGACUUUAUAAUAGCAGCUGAUUGCUUUUAUGAUCCAACAGUGUUUGAAGAUAUAAUUGUGACCGUAUCAUUUUUACUGGAACGAAACCCAAAAGCAAAGUUUCUAUUCACAUACCAAGAACGAAGCACAGAUUGGUCUAUUGAAGCAUUAUUAAAAAAGUGGAACCUUUGUGCUGUACAGGUUAAUAUUGAUGAUAUUGGUAAGUAUUCCGGCAUAGACGUUUUGGAAUUUGCUGGUGGGCAUACAAUUCAUCUAUUAGAAAUUACAAGAGAACAGAUUUAAAGAAAUAAAAAAUGUCUGGUGCCACACGCAACAUUUAUAAACUUUUUGUUGGCAAUUUGCCUUGGACUAUUGGCAACAAGGAGCUGCAGUUAUAUUUCUCUAAAUUUGGGCACGUUUCAUCGGCGCAAGUUGUUUUUGAUAAACAACAAGGACUUUCAAAGUCUUAUGGCUUUGUCACGUUUAGCACUCGAGAUGGUUUUAAUAGUGCAUCCAAUCAAAAUACACAUACUUUAGAAGGGCGGGUACUGAAUAUACAAGCCGCUAACAAUUAAAAUUUAUGAAAUAAUUAAUAAAUUCAAAUGUAUAAUUUUUAA